AUGGAGCAUGCCUUCCUUCAUGGCGAUAAACCAAACAAAACAAAAACGUACACACUUGACAAGCUGACAGCAACAAGUGCUUGGUGAGGUGUGCCGGCGCUGAGCGCAGAGAGUCGCAGUUAGCUCUCAACUUUUUCCGCGUUCGCUUUGCAGCUCUUCGCUCGGCUCAGAAGCACUCGCCAUGUCGAAGCCGGUUCUGCUGUCCAGCUAUCUCAGUUCCUGCGCCUGGCGCGUACGCAUUGUUCUGGAGGUGAAGAAGAUCGACUUCGAAUACCGGGCGGUGAACUUGAGGCCAGGCAAUGGCGAACAGCAAACCGAAAAGUUCAAGACGAUGAACCCAAUGGGCCAGGUUCCAGUCUUGCUCGUCGACGGAAAGCCCAUCAGCCAAUCGGUGGCCAUCAUGGAGUACUUGGAGGAGAAGUAUCCAGAGCCAAGGAUGCUCCCCGCAGACCCCUUCCUGAGAGCCAAGUGUCGAGAGGUGGUCGAGCUUCUCGUCUCUGGAGUUCAGCCUCUGCAGAGCAUUGGCCUGAUCCCUCUUCUCGGCAAGGCGGAAUGGAAGAAGUGGGCCGACCGCAACAUCACUCGCGGCUUUACUGCCCUAGAAGCCAUCUUUGCGGAGACUGCCGGCAAGUACUGCUUCGGAGAUGAAGUGACCUUUGCGGAUGCCUGUCUCGUGCCUCAAGUGUGCAAUGCAUACCGCUUUGGCGUCGACGUGGCACCCUUCCCGACGGUGCGGCGAAUUUACGCGGCGCUUCAGCAGCACCCGCUCGUCCAGAAGGCCGACCCGUCGUGCCAACCGGACACCCCUCCGACGGGUGUGCCAAACACGGCUGAUCUUUUCAAGGGCCCGGGAGACCAGUAGUACCCGAAGGCCGUACAUGCUGAAGUGUUUGUUUUAAUGAAAUAUAAACUAGCAUUUGUAAGAUAUUUCUGGCCUCCUCA